AUGUGUUCUAAGCGGCUGGAGAAUUUACGUAUCGGUGACUUGGAGGGUAAGGUGGAUACAAAAGCACCCAUUUUUUUCCGAGAGAACGCGACGAAUACGUAUCCUAAAUGCAUCGUUAUGAUACUCCAAGAGCGACAAGACACAGAACCGACCUUUCAUCCCGGUAGAGCGGCCCGGAAGUACGGCUUUUCGGAUCCGUCGGGUCUCGACACCCUUUUCUACGUUUGUGACACUUCGCGAUCACGAUGGCGGCUCUUCAGGCGCAGAGGUGUGAACGACAUUUCUCGGCCCCCUUCUCAGAUUUCGCGGAGUUUUAUCUAUCGGUGUCUCCUCGGAGUCGAAAGUGUUCGAGCUCUAGUUCAGCAUCAAAAAGGCGACCUUGGCCAACCAACCGAGAAGUAUCCGGUUGCUACUGAAUAUUGGCAUUUCUUUUCUCCUUUUUUCUUUACCUGUGUACCCGGCGACACUCUCGCAGGCUACGUUUAG